AUGGAUGCUUCCGGAGAUCGUACAGCAGUUGAAGUUAACGAAGGGCAUACUGUCACUCUGGAAUGCCCUGUGUCGAGUCCUGUUGAGGGCAUCGAUAUCGAGUGGUUCAAAAAUGGACGUCCAUUUAUGCCGGAUGAUUCAAAUAUGCAAAUUGCUCUGGAUAAAACCCGACUGGUAUUAGUUAACAUCCAAAAAGAUGGCGAAGCAACAUACACAUGUGUCGCAAAAAAUUCGGCUGGACAAGCGACACAAGAAUUUGAUGUUAUCGUUCUCGUACCACCGAAUAUUACUGGUAGAGCGGUAGAAGAACUUGUGAUUGUGGAAGGUGAAUCACUGGAGCUCGAAUGCGACUUCGAGGCAGAUCCGAUUCCAGAAAUUCAGUGGACUAAGGAUGCUUCCAGCAUUGGAUACAACGUACAGGUAACACUUGCUGAAGACAUUUUGCUUUUAUUUAUAGGUCAGUAUACUCUACAGUUCAUCAGCAGACUUAUCGGAAAAUGCAUCUUUAGUCAAAACAGCUGA